GAAGAGUUUUAGUAAAGUUAGGUUAUGGACUAAUAAAACCAUAAAAGUAAUAAAACUGUUAUAUUUUAAAAUUGAAGAUGGAAAAAGAAUGUGCCAAGUCUUUUCAAUCAUGUCCUCGAAAAGUAUCAGAAAAUAUUACAUCAAAAUUUCAAGAGGCAGUUAAAGAUUUGAAAUUGGGAGAAUUGCUCCAUGAUGACUUAUUUGGCCUUUUCGAAGCCAUGUCUGCAAUUGAAAUGAUGGAUCCAAAAAUGGAUGCUGGGAUGUUGUGCAACAGAGGAUCAAGAAAAAUUAUAUCAUUUGAUCAAGCUGUACAAGACAAGAUACUAAAAUUGGAUGGAUUCAGUAAUGCAGAAUUGAUUGGAAUCAUAGAUAGCACCUUUGCAUGUUUGGUUUCUUGGUUAGAAGGUCAUUCUCUAGCACAAACGCUAUUUAUUAAUCUAUAUUUGCACAAACCCUACAUGAUUGAAGACAGACCUCUCAGAGUAUUUUGUUUAGCAAUUUACAAAUUAUUAGAAGAGAUCAAGGAUCUUGUUCAUAAUGGUAUGGUAUAUGAGGAAGAAGAUUUUCAACCAAUGCAAUAUGGUUACCACCUAAACCCAGACAUUUCCCAACAACGUAUGAUUGGAAUGCUACGUGAAGUUGAAGAGGAUCUAUAUAGAAAAAAUAGGAGUAAUCCUGAUCCAGAAACUCAUGCUUUAUUUGCAAGAAUUAAAUUUUUGAGACUAUUUUUACAAGUACUGAUUUCUAUGUUUAAAAAAGAUGAACAACCUGUGAUUUCCGAAUGCAAUAGACUUUUAACUAAUUGUUUGGACAUGCUACAUAUUAUGCAAAAGACUAUGCAUAUGGGUAUAAUAAGUAAGGAUUCUGAUUCUGAAUAUAUAUUAGGUUUUGAACCUUCAAUUAACCAAAGACUGUUACCUCCCACAUUUCCAAGAUAUACCAAAAUUAAAUCACGGUAUGGGGCCAUUGGAUACUUCAUUGAUGUGGCUGAAAGAUUCAAAAUUGUCACUAAAAUCACAACAAUUACAUCACUGCAUCAUGCUAUGGAUUUUUUCAUUGACUUUAGUAAAACUAGUCCUUGCAUAUUGUCUCGCUCAGCUUUACAAAUGAUGUACCCUGGUUCAACUGGAAAUUUAAAAGACAUAUUGAAAGAGUCUGUCAAAGCAUUUAUUUCACCGCCAGCCCUGAUCUCCAAAACUCUGUUAAACAAUUCACAGGCCAAACAUUACGUUGAUACAUUUUUAUCACAUUGUACAAGACCAUUUACACUCUUUCUGCAAUUGUGUGGACAUAACAGAGCAAGGCAAAGAGAUAAACUGGCUCAUAUUUUAGAAGAUUUCGCAUCUUUGCAAGAUGAGGCAGAACGAGUUGACGCAUACUUGCACACCCUUUCCGUAAAUUCUCCAAUCUCUAGACCACAUAUAGCCUGCUUUGGAACCUGGAUUUUAUACCACACUUUAAGAAUCAUGAUUAUGUAUCUGUUAGCUGGAUUUGAGUUGGAACUUUAUAGUGUGCAUGAGUUUUACUAUAUUUAUUGGUAUUUGUAUGAAUUUUUGUAUGGCUGGCUAAUCUCAGCUUUAUCUAGAGCCGAUAGCUUUUUAUUGGAAAAUGAGAUUCUGCAUGAUGUUCACAAAGGCAAAGGAGCUACCAAAAAGAAGCCGAGGAAUAAGAAAAAAUCUAGGCAGUAUAACAGAGAUAUUGUAUAUCUCCAAGCUUGCAAAACAUGUGCGGGGGUUAUUAUAAGGCUUUGAUGGGUUUCCGACUUGAAGGGAAGUUAACUAUCCCUAACCCACGUUUCGACAGCGAACAAGUAAGAUACGAGCACAGAUUUGCGCCAUUUCAAAACCUUCUAACUCCGCCUCCUGUAGUAUAUUCUGAAUUUAGGGAAAUGACUUCAUUUGAGAGAUUUCAGCAGCAACCAGUUGACAGUGUCUUUUUAUAUAUAGCAGGGUGUAAACAUUUCCACCAAGCUCGGCAGUUGCUGGAGAGCAUAGUUCCUGACAGCGAACUCACAGAUCUAUUGACAAUAUGUAAAACUAAUUUUAUUGUUUUAAAAUUAUUAGCCGGUGGACACAAAAAGGAUUCCACGAAACCCCCCGAAUUUGACUUUUCCAAAAAUAAAUAUUUUGCUACCAUGAAGAUUGUGUAAGUUGUGUUUUGUGGUUGACUUUAUGUCCAUGGAAACAUACAAAGUUUAGUUUAUGUUAACCAAAAUGUACAAAUCCAUAAUAUGAUCUCAAUUUGAUGUGAAUAGAACUUAUUGGAUCAGUGGAAGCAAUUGUUUAAGUUUUCAAAUUAAGGAUAUUAUUCAAUAUUUUUGUAUUUUCUUUUAUGAAUGUUGUAACGAAAAUAAAUAAACGUUUUAAACU